UCCAUGUUUCGCUAGCUAGUUAACUAUCCAACAUGUAGGUACGAAGAUUGCGUUUCUUAACGUUGUUGUGUCUGCCACUGACAUCCGGGAUAUGUUAACGUUGCCUAGGGUUAGCUAUGUGCAAAUUUAAAAUCCAUCUGACAAAGUGUGAGGAAAAUGUUAAGAUGUUGAAAGAACUUCCUUAUGAGAAGUAAUCCCGUCAAUUUCAUCCUUGUUCCUUUUCAUGACGUCACCUGUUAUAUUGAGGCAGACAAGGAAGUCAGUGUUUGAGCUACCUAAAAGCGUCCUAACUAUCCGUACUGUGUGCAGACGAAGCUAGGGGAACGCUUGGCCACUGUUUGUGUCGCGGGGGCUGUUUCCUCAGGCGUGUAGCGGUUUAAGAAACACCUCGACGAGACAGAGAUUGUUAGUGGAGAUGAGUCGUCCUAGUUCAGACUUGGCUGAGUUUCGGAAAGUCUUUUCCAAAGCCAGGCACAUAGCGAUUCUCACCGGGGCAGGGGUGAGUGCCGAGAGCGGGGUGCCGACCUUCAGAGGCGCUGGAGGGUACUGGAGGAAGUGGCAAGCGCAGGACCUGGCCACCCCUGAGGCCUUCUCCCGCAACCCGUCGCGCGUGUGGGAGUUCUACCACUACCGGCGGGAGGUGAUGCUCACCAAGAGCCCCAACCCGGCGCACAUGGCCAUCGCUGAGUGCGAGGCGCGGCUCAACAAGCAGGGCCGCUCCGUGGUGGUCAUCACGCAGAACAUCGAUGAGCUGCACCGGCGGGCCGGCUCCAAGCAUGUGCUGGAGAUCCAUGGGAGUCUCUUCAAGACCAGGUGCCUCAGCUGUGGGAACGUAGCGGUGAACCGAAACAGCCCGAUAUGCCCUGCCCUGGAAGGGAAGGGUGCCCCUGACCCAAAUACGAGUGAUGCCACGAUACCUGUUGAGAAGCUCCCAAGGUGUGAGGAGCAGGGCUGUAACGGCUUGCUCAGGCCGAACGUGGUGUGGUUCGGGGAGGCUCUGGACCCGGACAUCCUGAUGCAGGUGGAGAAGGAGCUGGAGAUCUGCGACCUCUGCUUGGUGGUGGGCACGUCUUCGAUAGUGUACCCAGCGGCCAUGUUUGCUCCUCAGGUUGCCGCUAGAGGAGUCCCAGUGGCCGAGUUCAACAUGGAGACCACACCCGCUACAAUGCGCUUUGCGUUCCACUUCGAGGGCCCCUGUGGCACGACGCUGCCCCCCGCCCUGGAGCGCCACGAGAACGAAGUCAUCUGACGGCCCUGUGGGCGACAGGCGGGGGCCCCCCAGCCCCCCCACCCCUUCCCCAAAAAGCACUUGGUCACUUCUCGAAUGCCACGGUCCACACACAGGCUGCCAGGUCUCAUGCUGCUUUAUUUAAAAAGUGGGUCUGAUGGUCAUGUGUCAUCGCUGUAUUUUCACUGUGGAAUUUUCUCUUGAGGGGUGAUUGUGUUACAGAAACCCCCCCCUGGUUUGUGAAUGGAGGAGCUUAGUGUGUGACUCGUUUUAACACUUCAUUACUAGGUGUGA